GGUCAGAGGCCAGGAGGUGCAGAGGCGGAACGUCCUGUUUGCUUCCGGCUUCGGUGAAUAUUCGUUCUAGUCAAUCACAAUCCAAUUGGUCUCGAUGCAGUUACACAACAUAGAACUCCUAUUCCUUUCGCUAUUAUUUAAUGCAUUGGCAUUGCUAACUGUGUCUCACAUCGUACAUACGACACACAUCCGGAAAAUAUGUGAAAAAAGGGAUAUAUUCUUCGAGGCAUUCACUUGCCCUCGGGUGCGACCAGCCAAGUGGGACCACGAACCCAUUACCUACCUGCUGUACGAUGUGAACCCUGGGGAAGGGUUCAAUUUGCGCCGUGACGUUUACAUCCGGAUGGCUGUUUUUCUACAGUUCUUACGAACGCAACCAGGCUACGGGCGCUCCCAGCUGGUCCUUCCGCCGUGGUCAAACCUGGUACAUUGGCGGAGCCACAACAUAGAACAGACGCAGCUUCCCUGGAGCCAUUUCUUUGACCUGUCCAGUAUGAAGGCUUACACGGACGUUAUCGAUACGCCCGAAUUUUUGGACGCCUACGAAACUCUGCAUGGCCAAGGAGCCGCCGUGGUGCUCGAUGAAGUGUACAAGUUAAAGCACUUUGACAAUAUGUUCGAGAACGGCGUGUUUGUGGACAAGUUCGAGGAGCACGUGUGUCCGAAGAGCGACUCGGGGACGCUACCCUUCCUUGGCUAUGCUAAUUUCGCGACCAAAGAAUUCACCUGCCUGCACUUUCAGGGCAGUGCGAUGCUGCUGCACAAACUGCUUGAAACAUACAAACGCAAAGGGCAGUCGGUUCGCUACGUGUUGGUGCUGAACGCUGAAAUCGUGCUGCACGAUCUGUGGGGAAACGUCGACUACUGGGAAGCACGCCGUUCGAUGCGCUUUGCCCCCAGUCUGGUGGAGGUGGCAGACCGGUUCCGUUGGGACUUUCUUAACUCCUCUGACGAACAAGACAAGACGGUUCGACCGGCCCACUGGCGGGACGCGACACACCGCCGCCGAGCGAAAGGAGGCGAAUACAUCUGCGCCCACCUGCGUCGGGCCGAUUUUCUGUACGGUCGUGACAAAACCACCCCAACCAUCCAGUCGGCGGCGCUACAGAUACGGGCGAAGCUGCUCGAACUGGGUUUGAAGACAGUGUUCAUAGCAUCCGACUGCUCGCGGACAGAGUUUUACAACCUGAAAAACUAUCUCAAGCGAUUCCGUGUAGUGCGCUUCGCCCCUGAGAACUACGAGCAGCGGGCCACGCUGAAGGACGGUGGCAUCGCGAUAGUAGACCAGAUUAUUUGCUCGCACGCUCGGUAUUUUAUCGGCACUUACGAAUCCACUUUCACCUACCGGAUCUAUGAGGAGCGGGAAAUCAUUGGAUUCCCAAAAGAUCUCACCUUUAACACCUUUUGCAAGAGUGAAAAAGAUAUGAACUGCGAGAAGAACACUGUGUGGCCUAUAGUUUAUAACUGAUUAUUUUUGACUAUGUCCUAGAAUCUGACUGAAUAAAUCCGGCGUGUUCUUUUUUUUCUUA